CGUUCACCUGCCAUUGUGGAGAGUGUAUGCGUUUCGUUCUGUCCUUAUCCAUUAACAAAAUGUGUUGCCUUAUUCUACACCUAGGGUUCACGUUGCUCUUUGUCAGCUUUGCAUCUUCCUCCAGACUGGUAUGUUACUAUAACAGCUUAGCCGAGGAAAGGGCCGCCGAUGGAAAGUUCACAGUUUCAGACAUCGAUCCAUACAAAUGUACCCAUCUGAUUUACGCCUUCUCCGACAUUAAUACUGACAAUGAGCUGGUCCCGACAAGUGCAGCUGACAUACCACGCUACCAUUCAUUUAAUGAACUCAAGACCAGCAACCAAGAGCUGAAAACCCUUCUCUCAGUUGGUGGUAUCACCUUUAACAAACAAAAAUUCAGUGGAAUGGUAGGAUCAGUGCAACAAAGACAAGCAUUCAUCCAGUCUGCAAUCGAACUACUACGACAAUAUGGUUUUGAUGGUCUCAACAUUGACUGGAGGUUUCCAGAAUCAGUAUUGGACAAGCAGGGAUUUACCUCUUUAUGCCAGGAUCUUAAAGAUGGGUUUCAAUCUGAGGCGAUUUCAACUGGGAAUGACAGAUUAUUAAUCACUGCCAGUGUCUCACCUGAGAAAGAUGCCAUCGAUGCUGGUUAUGAAGUGGCAGAGAUUUCAGCGAGCCUGGACUUCAUUAAUGUCCUUACCUUUGACUUCCAUGGUCCCUGGGAAGGUGUCACAGGACAUCACAGCCCCCUAUACAGAGGUUCUCAAGAUACUGGAGACCAGAUUUAUUCCAACACUGACUCAGCCAUGCAGUACUGGAUGGACCAAGGAGCACCUGCACCACUGCUGAAUUUAGGACUAGCAGCAUACGGGCGAGCAUUUAACCUUUCUUCCUUAUCUACUGAUGUUGGAGCACCUGCCAAUGGUGCUGGUGAAGAAGGUUGCUACACUGGUGAAGAUGGAUUUUGGGCCUAUUAUGAGACCUGUCUCUACACUGAAGGAGCUACUGUGCAGCUAAUUACUGACCAAAUGGUUCCGUAUGCUGUAACAGAAAACCAGUGGGUGGGAUUUGACAACAGAGAAAGUCUUGGUACUAAGGUCAGUUACCUCAGAGAAAAGAACUUUGGAGGAGCCGUGGUAUGGUCCCUGGACCUGGACGACUUUGAUGGAAAAUUCUGUAACCAGAGUGACAGCCCCUUCAUUAGUCAUCUGAAUGAUCUAAUACUUACUCCAAAUACUAUUACCACGACAAUAAUAACUCCCACAACAACACAAACUUUAACAACCACACAACCUUUGUAUACAAUGAUACCAACAACCAUACAAUCUACAACAACCACUACAACUCCUGCUACCACUCCAACAUCCACAACUACAAUUCUCACUACCACAACAACCACUUCCGCUACAACAACAACCACUCCUGUUACCACAACACCCACAACUACUACAACCACACCAACUACCACAACUACAAUGCCCACAACAACAACUCCAACCACAACCCCCACUACCACAACAAACACUCCAACAACUAUGGCUCCCACAACUACAACCACAACUCCCACUACCACAACAAACACUCCAACAACUAUGGCUCCCACAACUACAACCACAACCCCCACCACCACAACCACAACUCCCACUCCCACUACCACUACUACAACUCCCACAACUACAACCACAACUCCCACUACCACAACUCCCACUACCACUACUACAACUCCCACAACUACAACCACAACUCCCACUACCACAACUCCCACUACCACUACUACAACUCCCACAACUACAACCACAACUCCCACUACCACAACUCCCACGACUACAACUACAACUCCCACGACUACAACCACAACUCCCACUACCACAACAACCAGUACUACGCCCGCAACUACAACCGAGCCUUUCACACACCAGGGUUACUGUAUCGAUAACGACGAUGGCAUUUAUCCCAACCCAGAUGACAUUUUUAGCUUUCUGCAGUGUACUAAUAAGGAAACAGUUGUCCAUCAAUGCCAACCUGGACUGCGCUACAGAGCAAAUUGCACAUGUUGUGACUGGAGAUAGAAAAAACCUCCCUGAUGAUAAUGCAAACUCACAACGCAGUAUGAUUCACGAUUUCUUUCAACAAAAUUAGCACCAGACAAAUUAUGACAAAUUACAAUGCUUCUUAAUUUGUAAGAACUACGCAAAAUACAAUUUCCAACUGAAAUGGUCUUGUACCUCAUAAACUGAAAUUGGUAUCUUAAAAAAAUGGAAUACAAUAAUGUACACAUCUUUACAGAAACACUGUACAUCACCCUUUAUCUCCCCCAGUCUUUUACUCCCCUUUACCUUUUACUCGACCAUGCUAAUUGUCAAUAUAUUAAACAACAAAAGAAUAUAAAAAAUAUUAACUGGAAAGCCUUCAUUUUCUUGGUAGAAACACUGUAAAACACUCUUUGUGCCUGUGGAAAAAGUUCUUCCCACAUUUUGUUUCAACACCUGAAACUUACUUAGGCUAUGUGGGGACGUGAUGUCUUGGUUUAAAAGUGGGUCACGACCAACCAUUUUUAAGAGCAUUCCGACACCUACUAUAAUAGAGUAGACACUUAAGUAUCCUGUAUACUGUAAAAUAUGUUCUCCUAAAAGAAUUCAUUUUUGUGCCGGAAUAUUUAGUCAUUUACUAUUCCUCACCCUAAUUCUUCAACAUAACUGUUUUGUUUGUUUUUUUUCUUUAAUGUAGUUUCCAGCUUGAAAUUGUCCUCUAAUUGUAAAUAUUAUUUAUUUUAUUUAUUGAUAUCAAACACAAUCAGC